GCAUUUAUUCUGUGGAAGGGACUGAGAACGAGUUUCUCAUACUUAAAGUGGAAUGAUGUGUUUUGUAACCUCUUCAGAUUUGAGUGAGAAUUCUAAUGAGGCCUCUAAUUAAUUUAUUUGCAACAAAAAAUACAUUUGGCUUACCUGCAUAUAUAUUCCAGCAACGAGCUAGAUUGGUUCAUUCGGUAUCGAGUAUGAGUGAAUUGCUGGUGGGUGUAUGCCAAAUGACGUCAGGUAGUGAUGUGGAGAAGAAUAUUGAGUCGUGCAAAAGGUUGGUCACAAAAGCCAAACAGCGUGGAGCCAAGGUUUGUGGAUUGGUUGCGCAGUUCUGCGGUACCUUGGUUCUAUGGUUUCACGAUUCACAUGAUUCUAUACUACCAUGGUUCAGUGAUCCUACAAUUCUAUGGUUAAAUUUUGAAUGUGGGUAAAACCUUCGAGGCAGGUAUAAAAGUUGGAUCACUAGUUGGACUGGAACCAGACUGGACUCUAUCCCCUAACCCUAGAACUGGAAUGGUAAUCCGGUACGACUUUUAUACCUGCCCAGGGUUUGAUUCAGAGUUGGGGUCUGGUCCGGUCUUACUACCGGUCUCGUCCAACUUUUAUAUGUGCCUUAAAUUAAUACGAUCUCGUCCGACUUUUAUGACCUUUUAUACAUACCUAGUCUAUGGUCCCAGUCAUUCCUCUCUUUAAUAAUACUAGAGAGGUUGAGAUUUUACGUCUACUAAGUACUGCUACCAGGUUGAUCAGAAAAAUCAAAUGCAUCUGAUUGGUUAAUUAAUGGCCCUUUAAUGGUAGCAGUAGUUCCAGUCAAAUUGGACCCUUUCUUUUGCUGGCUGGAUUACCUGUGCAUUGGACUUGUUGUGGCCAAAAUUAUUAGCACCACAGAGUUGUCAUUCUCAUUAUUCUAGAUGGUGUUUUUACCAGAAGCAUUUGAUUACAUCUCAGAAAAUAAAGAGAUGUGUCUCUCUCUUGCACACUCUGUCGAUGGACCAAUUAUCAAAGAUUUGUCUCAGAUGGCAAAAGAUCUCGAUAUUUGGUUGUCACUUGGAGGUUUUCAUGAAAAAGUAUGUAACACUAAAAAAAAGUUACCUGGUUAGCUGUAGGGGCGGGGUUAAGGGCAGGGGUGUGGCUAGUGAGCAUUUUAGCAAAUCAGUCACUCUGGUAAUGUGCAAAUUACCUGUAAAUCUGAUGACACUGCAGUGGGUCUGAUCUACCAGGAAAGGUAUAUCAAUAAACAAACCUCAGCCUGACUAAUGCUAUAGAACACUAGACCUCCUCAUUUGAGAUAUCAUAGCCAACACCUCUCCCCCCCCCCUCCCACACACACAUCAAUAUCCAGCACCCUCUCAAAAAGUUAAGCAUUGAAAAAAAUUCCCAUGAUUUUUGAAGUGUGAUGGCUAGUGCAAUGCAAAAGCAAUGUGUUGGAACCUAGCCCCCCCUCUCAAAAUAAUCUGCACCCCUCCCCACAUUAUCUGCACCCCUCCCCACAUCACCACCCCUGACAGAUAAACUUUUAAUACCAAACACGUUUUCCAAUGACAGACAAAAUAAUUUUGCUCUAAGACAGAGUAAAAUAGAAAUAUAGGACAGUGUGGCACAUUGAAGCUUAAUAAUGGGUAGACUUUCCAAAGUACUUUCCAGAUCCUUCUAUGGCGCGCUUCACUUCCACUUCGUCUCUCGGAUUGCGUGCUCCCUCCCCCAUGGUCGACUUGUGGCAAGUCUACUUAAUGGGUUAAUAAGAUUGAAAAGUAAAAUAAUUUGAUGUUAGACAAAGUGAAAUAGUUUGGUUGAUUUAAUGGUUCAAAUAAAAUUAUCCAGAGCACAUCUGAAGACUCUCGUAUCUACAACACGCAUCUUAUUCUUGAUAACCAUGGCAACAUCGCUGGCAAAUACAGCAAGCUACAUUUAUUUGAUAUCGACAUCAAAGGCGGAAUUACGUUGAAGGAAUCAGAUAGUUUUAUACCUGGGAAAGAAAUGCCUCCUGUGGUCAAAACACCAGUUGGAAACGUUGGUCUUUCAAUUGUAUCUUUGAAUGAAGAAGUGUUCUUCUUUUACCCAAUGGGCCUAUUCCCUAAUGAACAAAACUUUUGAUCUAGACAAGUGAACUCUAGACAAAAAUUUCACCACAGCUUGAAAGAGCAUCACAAAAUUAGUAAUAUUCCGUAGUUUCGUUGCGAAAUGUUGUAAAAUGCGGAUAAUAUAGGAUUAUAGCACUGCGAAGUUUGCCGUUUUUCAGUCAUUUUGUAUUACGCACGGGAAAUUGAUACCGCUUUCUGAAAAAAGGUAUCAUUUUCCCGUGCGUAUUAUACAAAAUGACUGAAAAACGGCAAAUUUCGCAGUGUUAUAUUAUCCGCAUUUUACAACAUUUCGCAACGAAACUUCGGAAUAUUACUGAUUUUGUGAUGCUCUUUCAAGCCGUGGUAAAAUGUUUGUCUAGGUCAAAAUUUUGUUCAUUAGGUAACAGGUCCAUUUUACAUCGUCUAUCUCCUUUUUACCAGAAGUUUAUACCAGAACCUCUCAACGAAGGGCCUUCGCUAAUUUUUCAGGUAGCGGCAAUUUCUAUCCAUCCGCAGUUUUUUGGUGUUUUUGUCACUAGCUACACUGGCGCAGACUGGUAUUCUCAGUACUCCCCUCUCACAGAUCAAGUGAAACAGAAUAUGUGUGAGAAAUUCUCAUGCAUAUUCUGUUUCACUUGGUCUCCGAGAAGGGAGUGUAUAUCUCUCUGACCAGUUUUCGUAAAUCGUUUCUAUUGAUGUGUCCAUACCAUCUCAGCGUUGCUUCCCUUAUCUUCUUUGCAAUAUCUACCACCUCACAUCUUCAUCUCAUCUCGUUAUUCCAUGUCUCUGACCAGUUCUCCUAAAUCGUUUCUAUUGAUGUGUCCAUACCAUCUCAGCCUUGCUUCGUCAUCUUCUUUGCAAUGUCUACUAGCUCACAUCUUCUGAUCUCCUUAUUCCACAAUGUCUUUGACCAGUUCUCCUAAAUCGUUUCUAACCGUGUGUCCAUACCAUCUCAGCCUUGCUUCUUCAUCUUCUUUGCAAUGUCUACCACCUCACAUCUUCAUCCUUAUUCUAUAAUGUCUCUGACAGUUCUCCUAAAUCGUUGCUAACUGUGUGUCCAUACAAUCUCAGCCUUGCUUCCCUCAUUUUCUUUGCGAUGUCUACCACCUAACAUCUUCAUCCUUAUUCCAUAAUGUCUCUAACAGUUCUCCUAAAUCGUUUCUAAUUAUGUGUCCAGUACCAUUUCAACCUUGCUUCCCUCACCUUCUCUGCAAUGUCUACCACUACACUUUCUGAAUUGAUUGAUUUCAUCAGCUGUGUCACAAAUUGGUCCAACAAGACUAUACUUAACAAGUUUCUACAAGAUUGUUGUGUCAACUUCAUAACAAUUUGUUACGAGCAAGUUGUACCAGAGUUGUUGCACCAAUUUGUGACAAAGCUUACAGCUUCGACACGAUUUUAUUAGACAAGAUUAUAAUUAUUUUCUUAACCCAAUGAAGUGCUAUGAUUUGCGCUUUCCAGAACUCUCUCUCAGUUUAGCCCAAAAAGGAUCCGAUAUCCUAACUUAUCCUUCAGCAUUUACAUUUAUCACUGGAGCAGCACACUGGGAGGUAAGAAGCGAGUAUUUAUGGUUUUGGAUACUAUUUCUGAGUCUCACUGGAAUUUUUCAAUCCCGGAAAAUGUUUUAUAGGCCGGGCAAAUGUCUUUCUGCCCCCCCCCCCCUAAUUUUUCCCUCCUGUACGCCUAUGUCCAGCUGUUCAAUUCAUCGGAUUGUCCAUUCGACAUGGAUCCAACGAAUUUGAACCAAUGGCAAAUCGGUGGGAAUCGAACCCGCGACCUGUGGAGUGUGUGGUAUUUCGGAACUAAGUCUAGUACCUUCGAUACCAAUGUAUUAUAUGAUCAUGAUAUUUUUGUGUGUGUUUUGAUGUUAUGUACUCUGGUGAAUAUAAUGUUUUUGAUGUUACUCUGAGUGUAUAUCCACACCGGCUAACUUUUCAGCCUGCCCGGUGUGGAUAUACACUCAGAAUAACAUCAAAAACAUUAUAUUCACCUAGUACAUAACAUCAAAACACACACAAAAAUACAAUGGCAAAUCGUUUUGCCCUAUGUCAACAGACGGCCUUUGAAACAUCAAGUUACGAAUCUCUCCAUCCAGACAAACGAAGACGUACAAUUGGGAAAAGGCCACUUCAACCACCAAGGCCCAUUUUGGAAAGUCCUCACUUGAGCCGAGACUCUUCUUGCGCUAGUAAUUCCUAGUGUAUGUAUACACAUUCUAUGCACAUCUCUAUUUCAUUCUAGUCUUUACUGAGAGCGCGAGCAAUUGAGACACAGUGCUAUGUGAUAGCAGCGGCUCAAACUGGACAGCAUAACGUGAAACGAAGAUCAUACGGUCACGCAAUGGUAAGAGAAAUUGUUUGCAGUGCAGAAUGCAGUCGUCUGAUUAUAAUUUUACCUCGGUAACAUGUGAGAAGAGUGCUUCCAAUGGACCUAUUCCCUAAUGAACAAAAUUUUGAUCUAGACAAAAAUUUCAUCACAGCUUGAAAGAGCAUCACAAAAUUAGUAAUAUUCCAAAGUUUCGUUGCGAAAUGUUGUAAAAUGCGGAUAAUAUAGCCAUGCGAAGUUUGCCGUUUUUCAGUCAUUUUGUAUUACGCGCGGGAAAUUGAUACCUUUUUUCAGAAAGCGGCAUCAAUUUCCCGUGCGUAAUACAAAAUGACCGAAAAACGGCAAACUUCGCAGUGCUAUAUUAUCCGCAUUUUACAACAUUUCGCAAUGAAACUUUGGAAUAUUACUAAUUUUGUGAUGCUCUUUCAAGCUGUGAUAAAAUGUUUGUCUAGACUUGUCUAGAUCAAAAUUGUGUUCAUUAGGGAAUAGGUCCAUUCGACUCUACCAAACGCCGCAGAUUUUUUUCCGUAGGUAUAAAUCUUCUUUCUUGUAGUAACAACGAGUGUACAUAUAAAGGAUGCCUCUUACUGGACAUCUAUAUCCACUAACAACCCCAAAACGUUCAUCAGACAUCAUCUCAACUAAAGUAUUCUAUUUGUCUUAGGUUGUAGACCCAUGGGGCCAGAUCGUAGCACAAUGCCACGAAGGUGAAGAUGUCUGCGUGGCUGAGAUUGAUUUUCAAUAUCUCAAGAAAGUGAGAGAACAGAUGCCGGUGUGGGAACAUAGACGCCAUGAUAUAUAUGGCAGAGUAGGACCGCAGUAAUCAGGAAUCUUUUAUGCGAGUAGUGAAUGACUGGUAUUUUUAAAGCCGUUCAAACAAACCCAAUAAUGUUGCCCCCAAAUUUUGCAGCAAUUUUGAGAUAUUUCGUUAACUGCUUAUUUUCAAAUAUUUGGGAAGAUUCAUUGUUCAAUGUGACAGUCGGUCAUGCGUCGGCCAUUUUGAAUAAUUUUCCCCUCGUUCUUGAAAAAACAAAAACAGCCUCUUAGACUCUUACUAAUCUGUUACACAUGCAAAGAAAGUUUUACUUUGUUAGAAUAUACUAUAUAAACUAUAAUUUAUCAAUUGAGAUUCCUUUCUACUUCGUCAUAUGGUUGAAGUAUAUAUUGUAAAUGAAAUUGCAACGCAAUGUUUUGUACAACUGUUCCGUUUUGCAUGCAUAAGUCCUAUUAAUAAUUACUGUGCGCUGGCUGCUAUGUUGUCAGACCAAAAUUUCAGACUCAUAUUGAACACUGAUUUGAACUGAAAAUAUGCGAUAUAAAAUAUUUGUGAAACAUUAUCUGAAAAUUGUUGGAUGGUUCAAACAACGCUGGGUCCGUUUGAACGAGCAUUUAUGUAGGUGGAUUUAUUCUGCAUUAUGUGGUAAACCAGAAGUUAUUAGAGUGAAAAAUAGCGACCUGAAGUAUAGGACCAUAAAAACGGUAAAACGGGUGAAUUGUUUAAGUGAUUAAAAAUGGGUGGUAUAGAAUGUUGGUUCUUUGUUUAGUACAAUUUUAUUUACUAUUCGUCAAAUUAAAACUCAUAAUUCUAUCUAUUUAUAGCUAAAAAUUAUAUUUACAACUUUAAUUGGUAACUGUGUAUUCUGAACAUUGGUUCGUGUGAAUUUGCUAAUUUUACAACUUUUUAAGAGUGUAAAUAAAAAAUAUGUCUCAGACUAUCUUUGAUGCAACAACCAUGAUGAAUAAUGGCUAAAUCACGUGCUAAAUGAUGGCCCACAAGGAAAUCGGGAAAUUCCUGGCCGGGCAAUUCAUUUGUUUAAUUAUGAAAUGGGCUCUACAAAGAGUCAUCUUAAUAUCUUAAGACCCUUUUAUAACCUCGUCCCCAGGGGUAUUUUGCCCCCACUGUUGAAGAUCGGCGAAAAGGACCCUGGGAUCGGCUGGUCACAUGACACCCAGAAUUUGUGGGUGUUUUGAUACGAUCAUUUAUGUGAAAUUAAAUUUUUGUUGUUUGCUAACGAAUAAUAAUGUGAAGUAAUGAACCGUUUGCCAACUUAUUCAUCUAAAGACGUUAGUUUUAGAGCAGUAUGCUUGCAUAAUUCCUCUCAUAUCCACGAGUAUGACAAACACAUAGCACGACAAGAAUAGGACGUAAGUGAAUCUUGACUAUACUCUCGGUAUUUUCUUAAAGUGGAAGUCAAGUCCGUAAUGUAAACAAACGGUUUGUUUACAUUUUGAACUGCUGUAUUUUUUUAAAUAUGAUGUACUGUCUGAAUAUCUAACACCAUUUUGGUUCGCUAUGCUUCUAAAUGAAUAUGAAAUAGAGUUUAUGUUCAGAAAAAUUCGAAACAUUCGAAAUUUGGGCAAUGUUCACAUUAGAGGAAAUUAGAGGUCGUCACAUUGUUAUGAGCAGAACCGAUGCGCAGAACGGACUUGACUUCCACUUUAAGUUUAUCGUAUAAUUUGAAGACAAGAAUUUUUUGAAGCACUAAAGGUGUUUGAGUAAAUUAUACUGCAAAUAGGAAUAAAUACGUUUUUGAACAGACCAAUGGGAUUGUAGAAUUGAUCGGGCAAAAUGCUCUGGGGACAAGGUUGACUCUUUUACACUAUAAAGGUUUCUGUGAUUACAAUGAUGUCAAAAAGCUUUCAUAGAAAGACGCAAAUUAUAUUAUUGUACCUUUGACGAAGGUUUGCACCGCCACAAAAGUUGGCCAAAGUUGCCUGUAAAUUGUCAGGCCAAAAAAUGCAUACACCUUUCAAAGUUUUUUUUUAAAGCUCGUAAGGGACCGGUCAUUAUUUAUGGCGGGGGGGGGGGAUGGCACCGGAGAGAAAAGGGUUGGGUAAACAAAAUUUUAAGUGAGUAAAAUGUUGGGUAAAUAAAAAUCAACUCAAGGGUUGGGUAAUAAAAAUGUAUUGUGAUUUCCAAAGAGCGACUCGCUCAAAUAUUGAAGACUAAAAAAGCAAUUUGUCAGGAAGCAAAUGGUGUCUCCAAAGAAAGUACAUGUGCAGACAACAUGAAACUUUAGACUGCAGAAAAUUGCACAAGCAGUUAUCGAACUCAUGUCACAGAAGUGGUAAAGGACAUGUGUGACAACUGAAUGGUAUCGUUUUGUAAAGUUUUUGGACAGGGAUGGGUAUGUAUUUUUUGAUAUUUGAGGUUGGGUAAAAAAAUUGACAUUUUAAUGGUUAGAUCAGCAAAAUUUUUACUACGCCAUAAAUAAUUAGCGGUCCAUAAAGGCCAUUACCUUUCGCUUUCAGCAAUGCAAAUGUUUCAUUCUGCGGUUAAAAUGUAAUGUAAAGUUGCCAUUAAUGUCACCCUCAAUGCCACACUGGCGUCUUGGAGAAAAGCUUAUGCCAUUAUUCAUAUUGUGCGUUUCUAUCGCUUUACUGGGGAAUACUUUCUGUGCGUCACUCGCAAUAAAUAAAUAUUACCUUACAGAGUAAAGGGAAUACUCUGACGUCAUCGGUGACGUGACGCAGCUGUUGCCAUGGAAAGGAUAGAUUUCCAAGAACUCCUAUACCGACGUUGAACAAGGUAUUAGCCACUUACCAACGUUCACUUCCUCCUUUUCGUACCUUUUAAUGAACGGCUCGCCCUGGAAGGAAAUAUACUCGAUUACCGUCGUUUUCAUCUACCCAUGCACAGUCGCAGUAACAACGAUGGAACAUACUUAUGUUUUGCGCAAUACUUCAAUGUGCGCAAUGAUGGAAC